UGUUGCCCCGUUGGACUUGAAGGGGCUGUACGUGACGACUGAAAGAGGGGGCAACACCGCGGAGCAGGACAGUUCAGAAGCGCAGAGAGGAGAGGAGCUGUGCGGGAGAGAGACGGGUGCACAUCCGUCAGACUAGCCGGAGGAACGCGCACCAACAAACCCCCUAUGGCUGCUUGAGACAUACCGCUACACCCCCCCUCCCCCUUUUUCUCUUUCUCUGGGACUUUUGGCUUUUAGUUUUUUUUUUUUUAAAUUUUUUGUCCUGAUCUGAAGUUGUUGCAAGUCUAAUUAGUUGCUUCAAGUUGAAUCCACUUGCCGUGGACGUGUGUGGCGGUCAUGGAUACCCAUAUAAGAUGGAAAGUUAAACGGAGGAUAAGGGACGCCCAAAUCACUUUAGCGGUGAUUCUGCUUUUUGUCACAUCGCAAGCAAGUUCAGUGGAACCAGCAGACCUCUUGAAGAUUUUAGAUUUUCACAGUUUACCCGAAGGUGUUACAAAAACAUCGGGUUUGUGCUCACAUAGGAGGUCAUCACAAGGACCCGAUGUGGCUUACAGAGUAUCCAAAGAUGCCCAGCUCAGCGCCCCCACCAAACAGCUGUAUCCAGGUGAUGUGUUCCCGGAGGACUUUUCCAUCAUGGCUACAGUGAAGCCGAAGAAGGGCAGCCAGUCCUUCCUGUUGUCUGUAUACAAUGAACAGGGCAUCCAGCAGAUAGGACUGGAGGUGGGCCGAUCCCCCGUGUUCCUGUAUGAGGACCAGACAGGGAAACCCAGCCCUGAGGACUACCCGCUCUUCAGAGGAGUCAACCUAGCCGACGGAAAAUGGCAUCGAGUGGCCAUCAGUGUGCACAAGCAGACCAUCACCCUCAUUCUGGACUGUAAAAAGAAGACCACCCAGAAGCUGCUCAGAAGCCCCAGCCCCGUCAUCGAUACCAAGGGAAUUAUAGUGUUUGGAACUAGAAUACUUGAUGAAGAAGUCUUCGAGGGAGACAUCCAGCAGCUAAUGAUUGUAGCAGACCAUCGCGCUGCCUAUGACUACUGUGAGCACUACAGCCCAGAUUGUGAAGUGCCAUCGCCAGAGCAGCCACAGAACCAGGACCCCAACACAGAUGAAUAUAACAACAGGGAGGACAACUACUACUAUGAAUACCCCUACUAUGAUGAUGUAGAUGGAAGGUCUUAUGACUCAACAACUGAUACAGAGACAACAACAAAAGAAGUCAAGAUAACAGAUGAAGACAGUGUAGCGACUGCAGUCGAGGACAUUCUGAAGGGUACCGGUGGCACCGGCGGCAAAGUGUUGACCUCCAUCUCUACCGGCUCGUCCUCCAGCUCAUCCAGCAGCUCGUCGUCAAGCUCCACAGGCACCGCAACGGGUGGAGGAGAUGCCUACGGAGAGGAGGCCAGCCCUUAUGACGGCUACGACAGCUACUACGAGAACUACUACGACGAGUCCACCGCUGCUCCUGACACUGAUACCUCCAGGCGUGUCACCAUCACCAGCACCAGUGUAGGCACUGGGGGAGGGCUGGAUCUCGGAGCAGGAGGGAAGAUCGAGUUGGAUGCAGGGACGGGAGUUAACAGGGUCAUCACCAGUGGAGGAGGAGGGACCUCAAUAACCAUCACCAGCAAUAAGACAUCAGUUGGUGCAGCCUAUGACGACUAUGGCGAUGCUUAUGAUUAUGGUGUGGACACGGUCAACAUCGGUGGAGGUGGCAGCAGCAGCACAGUCCACAUUGAUGGAGGUGGCAGCAGCAGCACAGUCCACAUUGAUGGAGGCGGCGGCGGCGGCGGCAGCAGUAGCACAGUUCACGUAGGUGGAGGAGGCAGCAGCAGCAGUAGUUCUACCAUCACCCUCGGGGGCGGUGGAAGUUCUGUGUCCGUUGGAGGCGGUUCAGUCUCUGCGGGAGGUUCCUCUACUGGGGGUGGAUCUGCCAGCGCUGGCACCGGACGCGGAGGGUCCAUCGCCACUGGAACGGGCCUCGGCGCUGAAGGUGAGGGUGACUAUACUGACCUGGACGUGUUCACAGAGGACCCCAUCACCGACUACACUGACCUGGAUGUCUAUGACGCCUAUGGGGACCUGGAUUACAGCGACAAAGCUGACAAAGUCCUACCUGCUGAGACCGAUGAGUACUACGGACAGGUCGACGGCGUUCGGGGCGAGAAGGGACAGAAGGGAGAACCAGCUGUUAUUGAGCCUGGGAUGCUGGUGGAGGGUCCGGCUGGGCCUGAGGGGCCAACAGGUCUCCCAGGACCCCCGGGUGCUUCUGGCCCACCAGGCAGUCCUGGAGAUGUAGGAGAGAGGGGUCCUCCGGGUCGACCUGGUCUUCCUGGUGCUGAUGGUCUGCCAGGACCUCCUGGAACUGUCCUGAUGCUGCCUUUCAGGAUGAGCACUGGAGGUGACUCGGGACAGAAGGGACCUGCUGUGUCAGCACAGGAGGCCCAGAUGCAGGCCAUCAUGCAGCAGGCCAGGCUUGCUAUGCGUGGCCCCACAGGUCCCAUGGGUUUGACGGGCAGACCCGGCCCUCUGGGCCCUCCUGGUGUGUCAGGACUGAAGGGAGAGUCUGGAGAGUCUGGUCCACAGGGACCUCGUGGACCUAUGGGAUCCCCAGGACCUGCUGGAAAGCCUGGCAGAAGGGGUCGUUCUGGAUCUGAUGGUGCAAGGGGCAUGCCAGGCCAGUCUGGACCUAAGGGAGACCGAGGGUUUGAUGGUUUGGCUGGGCUUCCUGGUGAAAAAGGACACAGAGGCGAACCUGGACCUACUGGACCUCCUGGUGCUCCCGGAGAGGACGGAGAGAGGGGAGAUGAUGGAGAGAUCGGACCCAGGGGACUUCCUGGUGAACCAGGGCCCCGUGGUUUGCUGGGACCAAAAGGACCUCAGGGAGCUCCCGGACCUCCUGGUGUUACUGGCAUGGACGGCUCUCCAGGACCCAAAGGAAACAUAGGACCUCAAGGAGAGCCAGGACCUCCAGGACAGCAAGGCAACCCAGGUGCUCAGGGACUUCCAGGGCCCCAAGGAGCCAUCGGUCCUCCAGGAGAGAAGGGUCCUACUGGAAAACCAGGUCUGCCAGGAAUGCCAGGAGCUGAUGGUCCACCGGGUCACCCUGGAAAGGAAGGACCUCCUGGAGAGAAAGGACACAUGGGACCUGCUGGCCCUCAAGGACCCAUUGGUUAUCCUGGACCUCGAGGUGUGAAGGGAGCCGACGGUGUACGUGGUCUCAAAGGAAACAAAGGUGAAAAGGGAGAAGAUGGCUUCCCCGGCUUCAAGGGAGAUAUGGGUGUCAAGGGCGACAGGGGUGAGCUUGGACCAGCUGGACCCAGAGGAGAAGACGGCCCAGAGGGACCAAAGGGUCGCUCAGGUCUCCCAGGAGAUGCUGGUCCUCUUGGCCCGACCGGUGAGAAGGGUAAACUUGGUGUUCCUGGAUUGCCAGGAUAUCCAGGAAGACAAGGACCAAAGGGAUCUCAGGGUUUCCAAGGUUUCCCUGGCGCCAACGGAGAGAAAGGAACUCGGGGAACAGCAGGAAAGCCUGGCCCACGCGGACAGAGAGGACCGACGGGACCAAGAGGAGAGAGAGGACCAAGAGGACCAACAGGGAAAUCUGGACCAAAGGGCAACUCAGGAAAUGACGGCCCACCCGGACCUCCUGGUGAGAGGGGUCUGCCAGGACCUCAGGGACCAACAGGUUUCCCAGGACCAAAGGGCCCUCCUGGACCUUCAGGAAAAGACGGACUGCCUGGACACCCUGGACAGAGAGGAGAGACUGGUUUCCAAGGCAAGACUGGACCACCUGGCCCUCCAGGAGUCGUUGGACCUCAAGGACCAACAGGUGAGACCGGACCAAUGGGAGAUCGAGGCCACCCUGGACCCCCAGGCCCACCUGGAGAGCAGGGUCUUCCAGGAGCUGCUGGAAAAGAAGGGGCAAAGGGUGACCCUGGUCCCGCUGGCCCAGCAGGUAAAGACGGUCCUCCCGGGCCAAGAGGUUUCCCUGGAGAGAGAGGACUGCCUGGCCCUGUGGGGGCUCACGGUCUGAAAGGGAAUGAAGGUCCUCACGGCCCACCUGGCCCUGCUGGUUCCCCUGGUGAGCGUGGUCCUGCUGGCCCAGCCGGGCCUACAGGCCUCCCUGGUCGCCCUGGUCCUCAGGGACCCCCAGGCCCUGCUGGAGAGAAAGGUGGACCGGGAGAGAAAGGACCUCAAGGACCUGCUGGUAGAGACGGCAUUCAAGGACCUGUGGGUCUGCCCGGACCCGGAGGACCCCCUGGACCACCCGGAGAGGAUGGUGACAAGGGAGAGCUUGGAGAGCCGGGACAGAAAGGAAGCAAAGGAGACAAAGGAGAGCAUGGUCCACCUGGUCCCACCGGUCCUCAAGGACCCGUUGGAGCUCCUGGUCCUGCUGGUGCUGAUGGCGAGCCUGGUCCCAGAGGUCAGCAGGGUCUGUUUGGUCAGAAGGGAGAUGAAGGAUCAAGAGGAUUCCCUGGACCUCCAGGCCCAGUUGGGCUUCAGGGUCUGCCUGGUCCUCCUGGUGAGAAAGGUGAAACUGGAGACGUGGGUCAGAUGGGUCCACCUGGUCCUCCUGGUCCUAGAGGUCCCUCUGGACCCCCAGGAGCUGAUGGCCCUCAAGGACCUCCUGGUGGCGUUGGAAACCCUGGUUCUGUCGGAGAAAAGGGAGACGCUGGUGAAACAGGAGAGCCAGGUCCUCAGGGAGAAGUUGGCCCACCAGGUCCAAGAGGAGAGCGAGGAGAAAAGGGAGAGGCUGGUCCUGCUGGUGCUGCUGGACCUCCCGGCCCUAAGGGCCCCCCUGGAGAUGAUGGCCCCAAAGGCAGUCCAGGCCCAAGUGGUUUCCCAGGUGACCCAGGUCCCCCUGGAGAGCCAGGUCCAGCUGGUUUAGAUGGUCCACCUGGUGACAAGGGAGAUGAUGGAGAGGCCGGUCAGCCUGGUUCCCCUGGACCCACUGGAGAAUCAGGUCCCUCUGGACCACCAGGAAAGAGAGGCCCCCAUGGAGCACCAGGGCCUGAGGGAAGACAAGGAGAGAAGGGAGCCAAGGGAGAGCCUGGGUUGGAAGGUCCCCAAGGAAAGACAGGCCCUGUUGGCCCUCAAGGAUCACCUGGCAAGCCUGGUUCUGAAGGUCUUCGUGGUAUCCCUGGUCCAGUUGGAGAGCAAGGUUUACCAGGUCCUCCAGGCCCUGAUGGACCUCCUGGACCUAUGGGCCCUCCUGGUUUACCCGGCUUGAAAGGAGACUCUGGUGUCAAAGGAGAGAAGGGACAUCCGGGACUUAUUGGUCUCAUCGGACCCCCAGGUGAACAGGGAGAAAAGGGUGACAGAGGUCUCCCUGGCCCUCCUGGAUCAUCUGGUCCCAAGGGAGACACUGGUAUUGCCGGUCCUACAGGUCCAAUUGGUCCCCUGGGUCCUCCUGGAUUGCCUGGUCCUCCUGGUCCCAAAGGAGCUAAAGGGUCAGCGGGUCAAACUGGACCUAAGGGAGAGACUGGUACACCUGGACCUCCUGGACCUCCCGGCCCUCCUGGAGAUGUGAUCCACCCACUCCCCAUCCAGGCUUCCAUGAAGGGCAGAUCUCGUAGGAGCAUUGACGCCAGCCAGAUCGUGGACGACGCACCUGGAGUGGAUGCCAACUACAAGGACUACGACGAUGGCAUGGAGGAAAUCUUUGGCUCUCUAAACUCUCUGAAGCUUGAGAUUGAGCAGAUGAAACACCCGCUGGGCACACAGGGCAACCCAGCUCGUACCUGCAAGGACCUGCAGCUCUGCCAUCCUGAUUUCCCAGAUGGUGAGUACUGGAUCGAUCCAAACCAGGGCUGCUCUCGGGACUCCUUCAAGGUUUACUGCAAUUUCACAGCGGGCGGAGAGAGCUGCAUCUACCCAGAUAAGAAAUCUGAAGGGGCUAGGCUCACAUCCUGGGUUAAGGAGAAUCCCGGCACCUGGUUCAGUGAAUUCAAACGUGGUAAACUGCUCUCCUACGUGGAUGCUGAGGGCAACCCCAUCGGCGUGGUCCAGAUGACCUUCUUGAGGUUGCUGAGUGCGGCGGCCAGACAGAACAUGACCUACAACUGCUACCAGUCUGUGGCCUGGCAUGACCAGGAGCAGGACAACUACGACAAGGCCAUCCGCUUCCUGGGCUCCAACGACGAGGAGAUGUCUUAUGAUAACAACCCGUACAUCCGCGCCCUGGUCGACGGUUGCGCGUUGAAAAAGGGCUAUGAAAAGACAGUACUUGAGAUCAACACACCAAAGGUGGAGCAGGUGCCGUUUGUGGACAUCAUGUUCAACGACUUUGGUGGCCCCACGCAGAAGUUCGGAUUCGAAGUGGGCCCUGUCUGCUUCAUGGGCUAAGACUGUUUACUGAGCAAAUGGAGAAAAAAUUAAAGCAUAUAUUUGUUUUCUCAGAAAAAAUAAAAUGAAAAAGAAUAGGACAUUUGUAAAAAAAAUAAAAAUAAAAAAGUUACUUUUUUCCAUAAAGCAACAAGUUUGAAUAAAAUGAAAUCAAGUUGAGGAAAAAAAAACCUUGAAACCUCAGUGUGCCUUCUCCAUCACAUGCAAGUUUUGAAACUGGAUGUCAGAUCCCGCCUCAAACGCACGCACAGAUCCGAACGCCCCACCUUUGUGAUUAUUUUAAAGAACGAAGGCAAUCCUGAGAGCUGCAAGCCAUACCAGACGCUCGCAGCGUUUUCCACGGACUCCAUCUGAUUCGGCUCUUCCUUUUGUCCCUCAUCUCCCUGGCUUCUUCCACUUUUUGUCUUUUUGUUGCUUUUGCUCAUUCACUACGGGAGCUUUGUUUGUGCAUAAUUGUCCUCCCCAUUCCCUUGGAAUGGAUCUUAUAUAUAUAAAUAUAUAUAAAUAAUUUUUAUGUUUGUAAGUACAUUCUGUAUAUUUUUCCUGGUAAUGUUUUAUUGCUUUUUCUGGCUUCAAAACAUGCAUGUGACUUUAUUAAUUAUGAGGUAGGAGACAAUGGAAAUGGGGAUGACAUCUUUUUUUUAAAAAUUGAAAAAUUAUCAGGAAAUUCGACUUGUAAAUUAGAAAAAGGAACAAUUGGAAAGUCCUGUCUUGUUGCAGUUGUGGAGCACGCCUUGUUGUAAUUUAAGAACAGAAUGGAAAUAAAAGACGGAAUCAAGCUCUGUGAUAUUAUGUGACAGUUUGAUUUGCGUAAGAAAAAGACUACAUUCCUCCUUCUGUGCCCUCUUAACAGACGCCUUUUUUGGUGGCGAUUAACUUAAUAAACAGCUUCUUUUCUUAAAUUUCCUCUUCCUCUAUCUGACUAUGCAAUGGGAGAUGAUGUCACAUUUUUAACGGCGAACACAAAGAAAUCAAAAACCUAGGUGCUAUUUUCUCUCUUCUGUGGUGCUAUGUAUUUUUCUAGUUGUAUGAAUGAAAGGAUUUUUUGAAGAUACUAUUACAGCCCCUCCUUAACUCUUUCCAACCUCCAUGUUUGGACGCAGGUGGAUCUUAGCUGCAUCGAUUUCCUUUUUUAUUUUUUUUGUUUGUUUUUCGUGUCCGGCGGUGGUGUUUGCAUGCCGUUUCUCUACAUCAGUGCAGCAUGGUGGCGUUUUAUCUUCUGCUUCAGCAGACCGCACAGAUAAUGUACCAAAAUGUUGGAGAGGAAAAUAAGAUGUUGCAUAUCAAUGCGCUGAGAUGCUGCAGCUUUAUUGCUCUUGCUGUUGGAUCCACAUCAGAGUGAUGGACAAAUGGACAUGUGGUGAUUGGGCUGAAGGGAUUUGGCCCGAUUGGAUUGGAAAGCCCUUCCACCAAAGGUUUUCUGUUGUAGCUUUAUAGGCCAUGAUGGCUUGAAAAUCAACUGUUUUGUACGGGAAACAACUUGAAAAGUAUAUUUUCUUGAUUUAACCACAGUAGGCCGCUUAAUUAGAAAAAGAGUUAGCUCAUGCAGCAUCAAAAAUGGCUUUUUUUGCCCUUAUUGUAAUUAUGCUCUUUGUUCAAACUAUGCACUCUCUAUGCUUAUGACCACUAGUAUCUACCACAGAAUUUUUACAGCUCUUCAUACAUAGUUUUUUUUUUAAUUUCCUUUUUUUUUUUUUUUUUUUUUAUCUUCAAUAUGUGACUUGAACCAUUUCUGUUAACUCAAUAUGCUUGUAGAUCUUUGGCUUUAUUUUCAUUGUGAUGCAGUACGCCCAAAUUUUAAACACUCAAUAAAACGGACAAAUUUUUGUAAAUUUCCAGAACCAGCAGUGAUGCUGCCACUUUUGUUUGUUUUGUCUUAUUUUGUAGAUUUCAAUUUGUCUGUCUGUUUUGUUUGUUUCACAGUCUUGUCAAACCUGUGUAAGGAUAAGAGGAUAGAAGUUAUAUUGGUUUUUAUGUCAAUAAAUUCAAGUUUACUGUG